AUGAAAACUCCCAAAUCUGUUUCUAAAAAGGCAGAUGCAAGUUUGAAGGACUUAAUUGAUGACUCAGAUGAUUUCUUCUUGGACUUUAAAGUGAGAAAGAGCACAACGAAGAAUGCACAGAAGGAUCAUCAGACCCCGAAGAAGUUGAUGACUUCUGGAAAGAAAAACGCUUACUGCAGUUCUUGGCAGCAUCCAGAGGCUUCAAGUGAAGAAGACACUGAAGAUUCUGUUUUUGUAGAAAGUUCAUGGCAUGACUACCAAAAAGAGGGAGUGAAAGACUUGAAAGAGAGUUGGAAGUGCAUAAAACUCCCACCUCCACAGAAUCUGAGAGAGUCAAUCUCCAGAGGCAGUCCAGACUUGCUUGCUAGAAGGAAAGAAAGAAGCUGUGAAAAGAGUACAGAAAGUAAAGUGCCAACUGUGGCACUACGACAAAGGACAGAGGUAGAAUCAGAUAGCUCAGAUGACGAAUUUGAAUCAUUAAUAGACCGAAUAAGGAAACGAAGUAUACCCCAAAAACCAAUCUUAAGCACAAGUAAAACUGUUUACCAGCCAAGCACAGUAGAAAACAUCAAGACACCCUGUGAAGAUGCCCAGCCCUUGAGAGGGGAGGGAGUCAAAAUGCCAAGGCCAAACUCCAUUUCACUUCAAGAAACAACUGCUUCUGCAAGAACUCCUGGGAAUGAAUUGGUCAGUUGCUCACAAUCAGCAAAGACAGAGAAAAGGCUCAGGGUGUGCUCAGUGCCUGGCUGUUUCUUGCAAGAUCUCUCAAAUCCAGCUUCCCACUAUGUGAAGUAUUUCAAGAAAAAUAAAGAGGAGCUGGCACAGAAGCUCUACUGUCUGUACAAUAGCACCAUCUUUGAGCAGAAGUUACCAGAGAAAAUGAUAAUAAUCUGGAAUAAGAAAAUGAGAAAAACAGCUGGAUAUUGUGUAACUGGACAGACAGAAGGUCCUGAAGCAAAGCGUUACGCUCGCAUAGAACUUUCAGAGAAAGUCUGCGACUCUGCAGAUCGUCUUCGAGACACGCUAAUUCAUGAGGUUUGCCAUGCAGCCACCUGGCUGAUCAAUGGUGUUCGCGAUGGACAUGGACGAUUCUGGAGAUUCUACGCCAAUAAAUCAGCUGUGAUUCAUCCGGAACUGCCAGUAGUAACACGAUGCCACAGCUAUGAAAUUAAUUACAAAUUCAUCUAUGAGUGUGUUCUGUGCAAAGCUAUAAUUGGACGUCAUUCCAAAUCUCUGGACACAGAGCGCUUCAUGUGUGCGUUCUGUGGGGGGCAGCUGGUCCUGAGUCAGGCCACUCGGAAGGACGGCACUCCUGCUAGGACACAUCUAACGCCCUUUGCAAAGUAUGUGAAAGAAAACUAUGGACUCACUAAAAGAGAGCAGCAUGGUCUAAGCCAUGCAGAAGUCAUGCGGAAACUCAGUGCUGACUUUGCUUCAAAAACUAGACUUCAAGAUUCCUUGUAA